AUGAUAUCACGUCUCAUCCGCCUCGCCGUUCUCCUCUCCUCAUCCGUGCUCCUUGUCUCGACAGCUAGCACCACGGGUCCGGACCCAACUCGGCCAUGGGAAGCCUACAUCAACAGCCCCUCCACCCGGACGGUCCUCCCUCAACGGAUCCACGCCGUCUCCGGGCCUGCGGACGUGACGACCUCCGCUGAUGAUGGUAGCUUCAUUCUCACUCUCCAGCCGGGAGGCCAAGUCUCCCUGGACUUUGGCUACGUUGGUGGUCUGCUCUCCAUGAUGGCAGAGUCCAGUGACGUAUCGUCGUCAUCUAGCAAUUCAUCAGAGCCGCACUUCUCCCUUGCCUUCGCCGAGUCCCCCUCCUUCGUCCGUGAGAUCUCAGACGACACAGGCGCAAUACCAACCCAAGACUACGACAAGGCCCUCAACGUCACGAUCACCGCUUCCUCCUCAUCAACCCCCUACGCAUACAUCAUGCCCAAGGAACGCUUCCGUGGCGGCUUCAAAUACCUAACCCUCCACGCCUUCCGCCCCGUCGCCAUCACCUCAAUCAUCUGCCACCUAGCCUACUCCCCCUCCCAGCCAAACCCAGCUCUCUGGGCAGGCCACUUCCACACACCCAACGACGACCUUCUAACCCGCAUCUGGCACGCCGGCGUCUUCACAGCCCAAACCAACAUCGCGCCUCCCAACACAUCCCGCUGGUUACCUCAAGUCAAACCGGGCUGGGCCUACAACGCGACCCUCGGCGUCGAGGGCCCCAUGCUUCUCGACGGCGCGAAGCGAGACCGGGCAGUCUGGCCGGGCGACUUGGGCAUCGCGGGCACGACGGCGUACCUAGGUCUCGGUGACGCCGGGUUGGAAUCGGUGUUCUUUGCUCUGGAGACCAUGUUCCUUUACCAGAAUGCCUCGACGGGGCAAUUGCCCUUCGCGGGCCCGACGACUGGGUCUUGGAGACGGGGCGCGAAGAGUGAUACGUAUCAUGCCUGGACGUUGAUCGCUUGCUUCAACUACGCGAUUUUCACUCGCGACGAAGCGUGGCUUACUGGCAGGUGGGGGAACAUCACUGCGGGAGUAGAUUACAUCCUCCGCGUCCUUGACACCAGCGGCAGUGUAGGCCUCGCGGAACAAGUCGAGACAAAUGACUGGGCGCGCCUCGGCGGAGGGGGUUACAACAGCGCCCUCAACGCCCUAAACUACCACGCCCUCUCCUCCCUCGCAAGCCUAGCCGCCACCACGGCGACGACCUCCAACGCCCGUGGAGAGCAGGCAACGACGUGGGCGGCCGCGGCAGCGAAGCUCAAGACGGCCUACAACGACGUGUUAUGGGACGCCACCGCCUCACAAUACCGCGACAACGAGACCGCAGCGGGAGCGCUCCUCUUCCCGCAAGACGGCAACGCGCUGGCCUUGCAAUAUAACCUCACCACAUCCCCCGCCCAAGCCUCAUCCCUCUCCGCGGCACUACUACGCAACUGGAACGCCAUCGGGCCCGUCACGCCCGAGCUACCGGACACAAUCUCCCCCUUCAUCUCCUCCAUCGAAGUCCUCGCGCACUUUGCCGCGCGGAAACCCCGCCGCGGACUGCGGCUGAUGCGCCGCACGUGGAGCUACAUGCUCGACUCCCCGCUCAUGACGGGCACCACGCUCGUGGAGGGGAUGAGCGCCAACGGGUCGUUGUAUUAUCGCUCGCAACGGGGGUAUAGCUACGACGCGGCCUAUACAUCGCUCUCGCAUAGCUGGUCUACGGGGCCGACGCAGGCUCUUAGCUUCAAGGUUGUCGGGCUUGAGGUUGUUGGGUGGGGAUGGUGGCGGUUCCAGCCGCAGAUGGGGGAUCUGAAGAGGGCGGAGACGGGGUGGAAGGACGGGAAGGGGGGUGAGUAUGGGGCUGUUGUUGUGGUCGAGGGUGAUGGUGUUGAUAAUGGGCAGGGGAGAGAAGGGGUGCUGGAGGCGGAGAUCCUGACGCCUGAUGGGACUGAGGGAACCCUUGACAUUCCGUAUUGCGAGGUUUUAUUUGUUGAUGGGCAGAAGUGGGAUGGCGGGCGUCUCCAAGGAGGGCGGACGAAAGUCAGGGGCGAGGUAUGUCGAGUCAGUUGUUGA